AUGCCUUCAACACCACCUCCAGCAGACGGUGCUGCUGACCCCCCGAGUCCACCAUCACCAACAGCUAGUUUCUACGACAUGAGCGACGACGAGGAGACCGAGUAUCGUGCCGUGGGGCACAGCAACACGAGGAAGGGAGUCAAGCUGCUAUAUGCAAAGAGCAAGGUCUAUCUACACCCAUCGCUGAGCGCGAAGGACAAUGUCGCUGGCUACAUCGCGUUGAUGCAGCAGAAGCCUGGCGAGGCCGAGCCACCCACCAGUCCUGGCAGCAGUACCGGAACGUAUCGAGCGCGAUCACGAUCAGAUCUACUACUGGCAUGGAUACCGGAGAGCGGACUGGGAGACGUCGCAGAGAAGUACACCAAGGUCGAGAAUGCGUCCAUCGGCGGCGAUGCCCCCAAACAAUCGUUCCUUGUCCCGCGGCCGCCUGUAGUCACGACACACAGCUCGAGUCUGGGCACGUAUGCAUUCGCGAUACCUGUCAGCGACAUCUUCAGCAUUCUGGUCCGACCGCCGAGCACUGGCUGGUGGUUUGGCAGUGUCGUCGUCAACUCGCGAGCAGGCGACAGCUUUCCGGCCCUCUUCUUCCAUGAUUCCGAAUGUCAAUCGACCAUAGCACAACGCAAGAAGCUACAGCGGGAGAACUUCAGCAUCGAAGGCAAAGAGGGUGGCAUGUUCUGGGGUGGAGAUCAACUUCUUGAGUGGCUGAAGAAAUAUGUCGGGAUCGAGAGGUCAGCACAAGAGCCUAGCAUUUACUUGGUCGACCCGAACGAUGCAGACAAGCUAUCUUUUGGCAGUGGAGGCAAGCCGACUCCCGAUAAAGUACGCAACGUGUUAGAAGGCAAGCACAAGGACGAGCCAUCGAAACAGAAACAAAACGCUGUCACAGGCAUCCACCAGGACCCUGUCACAACUGCUCUGAAAACGGCCAGGUUCAAUUUCAUGGAGAAGAUGGCCCAAGUUACCACCUUCACACGUAGGACGGCACAGGCGGUAGCGGAGAACAAGAAUCUGCCGCCGCAGGUCAGGAGGCUGAUGCAGAACCCGCAAGUGCAGACUGUGUCGGAUGAGUUCGACUCUGCUAGACUGUACCUUGCAAGGUGGGCAAUGGGCAUUGCUGAGCAGUCAGAGAAGGAGCGGAACCAAAGAAUCUGGACUGCAAAGGACAUCCUCGAAGUGGAAGAUAGUGAGCUUGGGCAGUUCGAGCUACUGGAUGCCGAAGGAUUGAACCUUGCCGACAAGAGGAAGUCUGUGACACUGUCUGAGUGGAACAGCUUUUUCAACUCGCGAACCGGACGACUGGAGAAGACGCCAGAUGAGGUCAAAGAGCGAGUGUUUCACGGUGGUCUCGAUGCCAACGACGGUGUGCGGAAAGAGGCGUGGUUGUUUCUGCUUGGCGUGUAUGAGUGGGACAGUACAAAGGAGGAACGACACGCAAAGAUGAACAGUCUCCGAGAUGAGUACAUUCGCCUGAAGGGUGCUUGGUGGGAGCGCAUGGUCGAUGAAGGCGGCACUCUCGAAGAGCGUGAAUGGUGGAAGGAGCAGAAGAUGCGCAUCGAGAAGGAUGUUCAUCGCACUGAUCGACACCUCCCACUGUUUGCUGGCGAAGACAUUCCACACCCUGAUCCAGACUCACCUUUUGCUGAGUCCGGCACGAACGUUCACCUUGAGCAGAUGAAGGAUAUGCUGCUGACUUAUAAUGAAUACAACCGCGAUCUUGGCUACGUUCAAGGAAUGUCUGACCUCCUUGCACCGAUCUAUGCCAUUGAGCAAGACGAUGCUGUGGCAUUUUGGGGCUUUACGAAGUUCAUGGAGCGGAUGGAGCGAAACUUCUUACGAGACCAAUCUGGCAUGCGAUUGCAGCUUCUGACCCUCGAUCAACUGGUACAACUACUGGACCCCAAGCUAUAUGAACAUCUGGCCAAAGUUGACAGCACAAACUUUUUCUUCUUUUUCCGUAUGCUACUGGUCUGGUUCAAGCGCGAGUUCGAAUUUGAAGACAUCCUACGCAUGUGGGAAGGACUAUGGACCGACUACUACAGCAGCAACUUUCACCUCUUCCUCGCUGCUGCGAUCCUUGAAAAGCACCGAAACGUCAUCAUGGAGCACCUCAAAGGCUUCGAUGAAGUGCUGAAGUAUGUGAACGAGCUGUCUGGCACAAUCGAUCUCAAUUCUACAAUGGUCCGGGCAGAAGCACUUUUCAGAAAGUUCCAACGAAUGGUAGAGGCGAUCGAUCGAAAGAGCAACUUUCCGAUUCCGACUGUUAGGCAACGACUACCACAGCCACCACCUCCGGUUACCAGCCCUGGGAGUCGGCCGGGAAGUGAUGGAAGAACAAGACAGUCGAGCAGUACGGGUAUCGGCAGUGCAGGUGGGCACUCGAGACAAGGUUCGUCGUCCGGCGCACAAGCGUCCGGUCGGGACAGGACUGUUGGCGAUGCUGUCGCAACUGGCAUUGGUGCAGAGAAGGAGAGGGUCAUCUCAUCCGAGCUGCGUUUACUGCUCAGCCGAGACAUUCCCAAGCUCGAUAAGCAAGAGGUUAAGGACCAUGGCGGUGGUAUUGGAAGGUAG